GCCUUAUCACAAGGAGGCCGACACUGGUGUGUGUGUGUUUAGUUCGCCCCUACCGCCUCGAUUCAGGCCCGAAGGGAGUGCCUGAGCGGCCAUCGUUGUUUUUAACCCCCGUCAAUUCCGAAAGUUCUUUGUAGCAAUGGAAGCACCGAACGGACAUCGCGCGUUGGUCAGGGGCUUCGACGGAAUCUCAGAGGACGAGACGAUCACCUUUUGCGGCCAACUUCCCGACGGAACCUACUGCAACCUGUGCCGAAACGUCUUUCCUUUCCUGCGUCGAGACCCAGACGACCACUACUUCUGCGAAUCGUGCACGCAAAUGUCCACUACGGACGGUGUGUUCGAGUGCCCCGAAGACGGUACCUUAUAUUCUUUCGAGCUGCAGCUCGCUCCUAAAGUUGCGGUGUCCCAUAAAGUUCGAACCCUGUCUCUGUACUGCCCUCAGUCUCCCAAAGAUAAUCCGAUCAAGAUCCCGUUCUCCGCACUAAAGGCACACAUGAAUCGUUGCCAAUGUGCGAUUGCUGCAAGAGAGCAAGGCAAGGCAGUGUCUAGCCCACGGCCCCAUCCGGUCACAUUGCCUCCGAACAAGAACGUCGCAGACGGGGUGGCAACCAAGCAUGGCGUGGGAGUGCCUGAAAAGUCAGCACAGAAGACUCAAGAAGAGGAUGCGACCCCACCCAUUGUUGAAACGAAAGUCAUCUGUCCAUAUUGCGAGAAGUGGUUUCUCAAGAGUGAAGUCGCCUCCCACAUAAAGCAGAAAACAUGUACCGGAAUGCCACAACAGCAAUCGUUGUCGAGCUCAACUCUAGUGCAACCACAAUUUGAGGAGGAUUCGCGCAGCAGCCCGACGAUCGAGAUGGAAUACGUGGGCUCAGAUCAGCGAUUCGUGCCCCACAACGAUCCACGUGAUAUGCAGGUCGACAGCAGCCCUGUAGAUGGAGGACCCAAGAGUGCCACGAAAGACAGAUAUGAUGAAAGAAUUGCCCGUUUGGAAGAACAAGUAGAAUACCUAUCAAAGCAACUGCAAAAGGUCACAAACGAUUUGAAGAAAGUCCACUACAUACUGAACAUAUUGGCCCCACACAUCCCGUCGGUGGAAAAACUAUACCCCAACCUUCGCACGGACGAUUGACAAGGGACCCCAUGUUGACGGCCGUUGGCAGCGUUUCAAAAGUCACGAUUUUAAUCGGUACACAGAGUUCGUACGAUGUUUUCGAAGCUUCAGCCAAUAUAACCAAGAUUUUUUUCCA